AUAUAUCUCGAGUGCGAGUGUUGUAUUGAAGCAAAGAGAAAUCGGAAACACUCUCUCAGUCGAUUCGCCCGCAUAUAUAAAUAAAGACCGGUAUAAUAAAAUUUGCCAGUACAUCGAAACUUGUCAACGCGUUUGUACAAAAUAUUGCGGAACUUCGUUGAGAGAAGUAAUUUCAAAAAAAAUUAAAAAAUAAUUAAUAAAAUGGGUAAAAUCACAUUGUACGGUAUUGAUCCCAGUCCACCGGUGCGUGCUGUUCUACUGGCUUUAAAUGCGCUAGAUGUACCAUACGAAUACAAACAGGUGAAUUUAUUCGGCGGCGAACAAAAUGCAGAUGAAUAUCGUAAAAUCAAUCCAACCGGCACGGUACCAGCAUUGAUCGAUGAUGGCAAGCCAAUUUGGGAUUCACAUGCAAUAAUCGCCUAUUUGGCCAGCAAAUAUGGUAAAGAUGAUGCUCUAUAUCCAAAAGAUCUCUACCAACGUUCGGUUGUUGAUCAACGCUUAUACUAUGAGACCGGUGUCGUCUUCGAACGUACACUAAAAGGUACUACCAAGCCGAUUAUCUUCAUGAAUGAAACCACUGUGCCACAAUAUAAAAUCGAUUAUAUUGCUGAAGUUUAUGAGACCGUAAAUAGAUUCCUGCAGGAGCAUCCAUACACUGCUGCCGAUCAUCUGACCAUUGCUGAUUUUGCACUGAUAUCAUCGAUAAGUUCAUUGCAAGUCUAUUUGGCAAGUGAUCCGGUUAAGUAUCCCAAUUUAGUUGCAUGGAUUAAGCGUAUGGAACAAUUGCCUUAUUAUGAGGAAGCGAAUGGCAAGGGUGUUAAGCAAUUUCAGGAUUUAUUGAAAUCAAAGAAUUUUACAAUUGUACCUUAGGAUGUGCUGCUAAAUACAUAUGUACAUAUGUGUGUGCUUUUUAAUUUGUUUUUUUUUUUUUUUUUUGAAAAUGCUGUGUCAUUGUAAUUAAAAGAAAAAGUGUGCCGCAUUUUUCGAAUUUUUUUUCCAAAACAAACUGCGAAUAAAGAACAAAAAUAUUUUCAAACCCAUAAUGAAACAUCACAGAUUAGUUCAGUGCAUAAGAAAAUUACUUAGAAAGUAUAGAGCGUUGUAUUAAUCAUAAUAUUUAGUUUAUGUAAUGGAGCUUCGAAUUAUAUGACCACCACUGUAUAUACAUAUA